CUUAUUGAGGUCAGGACAGUUUGGAUACAACCAUGCAGACAGUUUAUAUUAUAUUUUGUCUGUCUGUUGUUUCUGCUGUACAGAGCCUGGAUUCCAACAUGAUCCACUCCUCCAGAGAAAUGACAAGCUCUCAAGAGUCAGAGUUGGAUCUACAGAGUGACACAGUUGCAAAUUCCCACAAUUCUGUUAGAAGAACCUCAGUCGUGCAGGGAAUUAGAGAAGCUACGCCUCCUGCGCAAGACUGUACCACUGCACAGGCAAAUGAAUGCAAAGGCUCAAAGAAAAAACAGCACAAUGCUCCCAAGACAAAGAUUCAGCAGGAUGUGCAAGGAAGUCAAAAAGUGCCCGAGAUGUCACCGUGCGUGCGCUCGCGCGACUGUGAAGAGGGUCUAUGUUGCGCGCUCUACUUGACGGGAAAGAGAUGUCAGCGCGUGCCCGCGCUGGGCGAGGUUUGCUUGCUGCGGGGACGCGCCAAAUUCCGCCGGAGACUGGAGCGCUGCGACUGCGAGAAGAGCCUGCACUGCCGCGCGCAACCCGACAGUCCUCGUGGACAGGGAGUGUGUCAGCACGACCCGAGGAGCUAACCGCAGAGAAACUGGAUCGAAAAAUCACGAGAAACAUGACAAGGCACGUCAUGGCAUGUGUUUAAGGCAUUUCUGAAGUGAGCUAGGAUGACGAGGUUGUUCUAAAUAAAGUUGUUUCUAUAAUUCUUUUGCGUCUAAAGUGUGUAGAAGUCGUAAUAUAUGUAUUGAAACCAUAGCCUGUAUAAAAACAGAUUGAAACGCAA